GUCGACCAAUCAGAGUGAAGAACAGACUUCCGCCUUGCUCUAUUUAAAAUGCCUCAGCUUGACGGUUCACUUAAAGUUCAGACGACGUCGGCCGCGGUUUAACUCUCCAAACUUUAUAUACCUUUCCUCCCUCACAAAGUUGUGCUUCAGGAAACAUGCGCGAGUGUAUCUCUGUGCACGUUGGUCAAGCAGGUGUCCAGAUAGGAAAUGCCUGUUGGGAGCUCUACUGUCUAGAACAUGGAAUUCAGGCAAACGGACAGUUGCCCAGUGAUAAGACAAUUGGGGAGGCAGAUGAUUCCUUCACCACCUUUUUUAGUCAGACCAGCGCUGGAAAACAUGUCCCCAGAGCAGUUUUUGUGGACUUGGAGCCUACGGUCAUUGAUGAGGUCCGUACAGGAACCUAUCGGGAACUCUUCCACCCUGAUCAGCUGAUCACUGGAAAAGAAGAUGCCGCGAACAACUACGCCCGUGGUCACUACACAGUUGGCAAAGAGAUCAUUGAGCUGGUGCUGGACAGAAUCCGUAAACUGGCGGACCAGUGCACGGGUCUUCAAGGCUUUCUGAUUUUCCACAGCUUCGGUGGCGGCACCGGUUCUGGUUUCACCUCCCUGUUGAUGGAGCGCCUGUCCGUGGACUACGGCAAGAAGUCCAAGCUGGAGUUCUCGGUCUACCCGGCUCCCCAGGUGUCCACUGCUGUGGUGGAGCCCUACAACUCCAUCCUGACCACACACACCACCUUGGAGCACUCGGACUGCGCCUUUAUGGUGGAUAACGAGGCCAUCUACGACAUCUGCCGCAGGAACCUGGACAUCGAGCGUCCGUCUUACACCAACCUGAACAGGUUAGUCAGUCAGAUUGUUUCCUCGGUCACCGCGUCCCUGCGCUUCGACGGCGCCCUCAACGUCGAUCUGAUGGAGUUCCAGACCAACCUGGUGCCGUAUCCUCGUAUCCACUUCCCCCUGGUCACCUACGCGCCCAUCAUCUCUGUGGAGAAGGCUUACCAUGAGCAAUUAACCGUCUCGGAAAUCACCAAUUCCUGCUUCGAGCCGGCCAACCAGAUGGUGAAAUGUGACCCUCGCCACGGGAAGUACAUGGCGUGCUGCCUCCUGUACCGCGGCGACGUGGUGCCCAAGGACGUCAACUCGGCAAUCAUCAACAUCAAAUCCAAGCGCGCCGUCCAGUUUGUGGACUGGUGCCCCACCGGCUUCAAGGUGGGCAUCAACUACCAGCCGCCCACCGUGGUCCCUGGUGGAGAUCUGGCCAAGGUCCAGAGGGCCGUGUGCAUGCUGAGCAACACCACUGCCAUCGCGGAGGCCUGGGCGCGGCUGGACCGCAAGUUUGACCUCAUGUACGCCAAGCGCGCCUUCGUCCACUGGUACGUGGGCGAGGGCAUGGAGGAAGGGGAGUUCUCAGAAGCCAGGGAGGACAUGGCCGCUCUGGAGAAGGAUUACGAGGAGGUCGGAGUCGACUCCGUAGAUGAUGAGGAAGAGGAAGAAUAUUAGGUGGCACAAAUGCACUUAAUGUUUAAGUUACUAAGAUAUUACUUGUUUUUGUUUUUGUUGUUGUUGGCUUUUAAAAAGUUGAUAGUUGACUGCUUAGUACACUGGAAUCCCAAAUUGCUGCAAUGUGGUAACUUAUAUUUUUACCAAAGAUACCAUGUCAAACCGAAGAAAUUUAAUAAAAUGUUAAUAAAUCCAUGAUGGAACUAU